AUGAUACACUUAAGUGCCUCCGAAGCGGCUAUAAGUAGCUCAAGAAAUAAGAGGAAAAAUUUUAAGCCAAGAUAUAUAUUGGCCGAAAACGAUGGCCUCGACGACGACGAGGACAACAACAACAACGACCGRUCGAGGUGGAGAGGAGGACUGAUGAUGACAAAUGGCAAGUCKUUGUCGUCGUCGGCCUAUUCAUCAGCAUUGCCGCCAGCGAUGUCGAUGUCUACCGAUGAUGACGACGACAACGACGACGUCCUAUCAAAUGAUGGCUCCAAUCGAUGUACAUCUACUGACCAGUCGGACGAUCAUCAUAUGCAACAACAAUUGCAACAACAACUACUACWACAACAACAACAGCAGCACAAUCCUCGCCAUCAUCAACAACAACAACAACACCAACAACCGCAACAUCAGUCACAACCAUUGGAUCUGAGCCAUCACGACAAUAACGGAUCAUCACUUAAUGGAUUAAGUGUUAACAACAACAACACCAUCGAUGAUGAUUCAAGCGAUUCCAGCGAAUCUAACGGUGCCUACACUGGCCGUAGUGUUGUCGUCAGUGRUAUCGGUGCUAAACCUGGUGGUCGACAACUACUAAAACAACAGAAUCUAGUAUUUGGUAAUAAAAUAAAAUCAACAAAAAAUCUAAUAAAAUACAAAACGGAAACACMAAYUGAUGAUAAUUUUUUGGACAACAAUWCGUUUCGUCAUAAAGUUUACGAUAGUAUACCCUCUAGUCUUCAAUCAAUUUUCUUGUCACCCAAUCAUCGAUAUAACAACAAUAAUAACAACAACACUACUAGUAGUAGUAAUGAACAGCCGAUGCCACAGAAUAUGUCAUCGCUUCUGUCGAUCGCUGCACUGGGAAGUCAUUUAAAAGGUUUCUCUUCCGCCGCCGCCUCCGUCGCCGCCACUGCCGACCACCGAAAGCCGACUACAAGCAGCUCAUGGAAAAAGUCUUCAUCGUCGCUGUCGUCRUCAUCGAUGGCCAACUUGGGUCCGGCGCCAUGGAUUGACAAAUCGUUUUUCGCACCGUCCUCUUCAUCAGGCAAUUCCGGAACAUUGCCAUCAAAAAUUGAUUCAUUGGUCAAAAACACCGGACCUGUUGACUAUACCAGAUAUGUUAAAAGAUACGUAAACGCUGGCGAUUGUGGCUAUAAUUAUUGCAAAGAACUUAACUAUAGGGAACACUUUCAUUGUAUGGAUUGUAAUUCCCGGGUAUUUGUCAAAAAGGAAGAAAUGAUCAGACAUUUUAAAUGGCAUAAAAAACGAGACGAAUCGCUAGUACACGGGUUUAUGAGAUACUCGCCCUGCGAUGACUGUUCCGAUAAGUUUCCCAAUUGUGCCCAUAAUAGAAAACAGACACAUUAUCAUUGUCUUAAACAAGGCUGCGAUAAGGUAUAUAUUAGUACAUCAGAUGUACAAAUGCAUGCCAACUAUCACCGAAAAGAUACGGCUAUUAUUCAGGAGGGCUUCCAGAGGUUUAGGGCAACCGAGGACUGUCUACUAGAGUCCUGUGCCUUCUAUGGCCAGCGAACCACACAUUUUCAUUGUCGCCGAGACAACUGUAACCAUACGUUCAAAAAUAAGGCCGAUAUGGAGAAACAUAAAUCAUAUCAUAUAAAGGAUGAGCAGCUGAAUCGGGACGGCUUCAAAAAAUUCAUGAAACAUGAGAUCUGUACGUUUGAAAGCUGCCGCUUCUCCCGUGUCUGCAAUCAUAUACAUUGCAUACGGCCAGGAUGCGUCUAUGUACUACAUUCAAGCGGACAGUUAUACUCUCAUAAACGCAAACAUGAGCGCCGGGAAAACGAACUGGCCUAUAGAAAGUUCCGAUUGGCCCAGAAUAUGCUACGGGCACACAAUCCCGAUGCCAGUAUCAACUUUAACUUUGGACUAUUAGACGGAUCAAGUUUUGGUGGCGACGAUGACAGCGACAAAAGCAACGCAAUGAUGAACGAAGCCGAGGCACUGGCCAGUCAGCUGCCGCUGACCCAGAUCGGUGCCAUACCGUUGGAGGCCAUUAUCGGYGAUAUACCGGAAAGCAAUUGUCUGCAAAUGUUCACAAAUUAUAAGAGUCGAGAYAACUGUGUUGUUGUUGUCGUCGCUGAUAAUGAUGACGAAGAAGAAGACGAUGACAACGACGACGACGACGACGACGAGACAUCGAUGACGAUAAUAACAGUCACAACAGCCGCCGCCGCCGCCGCCACCACAACAACAGUAAUAAUAAUAAUAAUAACAAUAAAACAAUUGAUUGACGAGGCGACACCACUUAUAUUUGAGGAAUCAGAUGACGGAACCGUUUGCACUAAAGAGUGUGAACUUCACCAAAAGGAUCGCCAUUAUCACUGUCGGAUGUACGGCUGUUCGUGCGUUGUGCCCAUUAGUGACACUUCGUUCAAGAAGUUAGACCACUAUCUAAUGCAUGAACAACAGCAACAAAUUAAUUACGAAAACGAGUUGCAAUCGGCCGCACAAAGUCCGCCCCCGCCGUCACCGAUGCCGAUGUCGUUGUCGUCGUCUCAUCAGCCGUUACAGCACUUCCUCGAUCAGCAACUAAUGCAACCGUUUACCCAAACCUAUCCSACCGCGAAAGAGGGGUCGACCGCCAAAAAACGAGUUAACGAAAUGCCGCAAACAUUAUAUCCAAAUCAAUUUAAAUUCAAUACAAAAAACCACGACAUAAGCCAACAACAAAUACCGGUCCCGUUGUCGGCCAUAUCGCCGUUUGGUUUGGCAGCCGCUCUGUACGGCAACAGUAAUCUAUCGCUUCCGGCUUCGGCAGCCCUGUCCGAUAUGGUCAGCGGUUGCGGUGUGGGCGGUAUCGGCGGUAAUUCGGACGAUACAAAAACCAUACCGAUUCCAUUGAUGCUUCCCUAUACUAAAUCGGACAUUCAAAAAGGUUUUAUCGGUUUCGAUGAUGGCCUACCCUGUACGGAUACACUAUGCAAAUAUUUUUGCCAAAAACACUACCACUGCUCGAAACUCAGGUGCUAUUAUGUAACCAAUCGUGACGAAGCCCUGCUCCGACAUUCAACCGAAUUUCACGAUAGUGUCGACAUUCUGGACGGUUUUGUCUAUAUUGACCAAUCGGUUGAUUGUCGGCGAUCGGGUUGCGACCAUAAAGCUAGCCGACACUAUCAUUGUACCCGAAAUGGUUGCAACUAUUCAUUUAUACAGUACACCCAAAUGCUUCAACACGACAACCGACACAAAUCUGAAGACAAUAGUAACCAUAGUACGAGCACCGGCGGUAUCAAUGAGCCGCCAUCGACAACAACAACAAAUACCUACUGUGAUACAACAACAACUACCAACCCGUCGUAUAGCCUAAACCUUAUCCAUCAUAACAAUAGGCGGCAUCGCCGGUCGUUGAGCGCAACGGCAUCCCAGGCCAGCUCCGGCCACUCGGACGACGACGACAGAGAUUCAUUGCGCAACAAUAGUAGUCCAUCAUUCAGUUUGAAUCAUCAUCAUCACCACCACAACUCAUCCUCAUCCACAUCGCUAAUCAAUAGCAGCCGAAACCUUCACCAUCACCACCAACACAACCAGCAGCAGACAACCGUCAAGGCUAGAGGAACCUACUAUCCAUUGUCAUCCCUGAGCCAGAGAAAAUUAAGUCAAUCACUCGGUUCAACUCGCAAACAUCAAGAUAUGGAUUCAAGCGGUGACGACGACGACGACGACAAUGGCCAGGACUUUGGCGGUGCGGAUGACUGCGAUGACAGCGAUGAACGACAGCUAUCGUCACUCAAUCUAUCAGCAGCUCAUCGUACAGCAGAAGCUCAACAUCAUCUACGACUACUUCAGCAACAAUUGCCAUUGAAUUUGAAUACUCAGCCGACAUCAGCAGCAGCGGCGGCGGCCAUCCAUAAAAGUCUGUCCAAAACUACUACUGCAAGUAGUAUAGAGUUUAUGGGUUGCAAUGAGAAACACCACCAACAGUACGGUCCUACCAAUGGCUGUGGACUUCCCUUUUGUAAACUGAAAAAGAGGCAACACUUUCAUUGCAAUGUCUGCAAUCAGGCCUUUUCAAGUUUUAGUCGUCUAUUACCGCAUUCGGCUAAACACUUGGGUGCCCCGAAACCGGUACCGAUUUACYUAACUGGCCGAUCGCCCAGUCCUCCGACCAAAGAUGACGACAAUGCCGCCGGCGAUAGUGAUGCCGACAAUGACGGCGUCGUCGGUGGCGGCGUUGGCAUCGGCGGUGACGGUGACGACGAUACCGAAGACGAUGAUGACGACGACGACGACGUCGGCAAUGAUCUCUCAAUCGGUGGCCGACUGUCGGCUGCGCACCAGUUGACAUCGGCAUCGUCAUCGCCGACCAAUCUGUUCAAUUUGAUGAACCAAUGGGCGGCCAAUACGGCUGCAGCCGCUGCCGCAGCUGCUGCCGCCGCCACUUCCUCMACGUCCACSCUAUCACUCAAUAAUAGCAAUAGUUUGCURAACGUUUCGUCAACCAUAACCAGUCCGACAUCGUUGUCCUUAAAUUUUUCCCAUUCAAACCCCAUUACCGCCGCCGCAUCGAUGGCCGAUCUAUCCAUGACUAUGGCGUCGGCACUGUCAUCGACCGCAUCCUCACCUAAGUUGGAUUUAGUCGAUGGCGGCGCCAAUUGUCUUAAGCGCCGAAAUUCAAAUGAAGACAUGACUAUAGAAAUAGCUAAACGAUUGAAAUUUUUGAAGCUAUUACGUGAUGAACCGGUACCGUCGGGGUAUACAAGAUUUAGAUUUAAUGAGGACUGCGGUUAUACACACUGUGGAUAUCGUGAACAUCAAACACAUUUUCAUUGCAUGAGAAAAGACUGCGGYUAUUCCUUCUGCGAUAAGACCCGUUUCGUUCAACACACCGCCCGUCACGAAAGRCUGGACACACUGAUGGGCGGCGACUUUCACCAGUUCCGCAGUAAUGUCAACUGCGGUCGCCGGGACUGUGUCUACGCCAAUGCAGCCGCGGCAGCUGCGGCGGCCACCGCCRCCACCACCACAAUGGCCAACAAGGCAUCGCAUUUUCAUUGUAUUAAAUGCGAGUUUGUCUGUACGGAUACCAACAAAGUGGUYGCCCAUAGGCGCCAGCACGCAAAAAUGGACAACAUUACCGCCGCCGGUUUYGAAAAGUAUAGCCCUGGCCAGGACUGUCGGGGCGAUAGUUGCAACUAUAACAGCAAACAAACCCAUUAUCACUGCCUUAAGUGUCACUAUGCAGUCCUAGGACUGUCCCAAAUGUCRUCCCAUAAAUACAAACACGACGAUAAUAAUACUUAA